AUGUCACAGGCAGCUAAAAACUGGUAUCAGGUUGUGAAAACUGCUCCCAAAGGAAGAUUCAAAGGAAUCAAAAGAGAUUAUCAAGUUGAAGAUGUUUUGAAGUUGAGAGGAUCUAUCGAUAUUGAGUAUACUCUGGCAACUAGAGGAGCGAACAAAUUAUGGCAGUUGCUUCAUACUGAUCCAUAUGUUGCUGCUCUGGGAGCACAAACAGGAAAUCAAGCUGUUCAAAUGGUUCGAGCAGGUCUCAAAGCUAUUUAUUUGUCUGGUUGGCAAGUCGCUGCUGAUGCUAACACAGCUUCUGACAUGUACCCCGACCAGUCGUUAUACCCAGCCAAUUCUGGACCUGAAUUGGCCAAACGAAUCAACAAAAGUUUACGAAGAGCAGAUCAAAUUGAUGCCGUCGAGUCAGAAGACUACUUGGCACAAAGAGAUUGGUAUGCCCCUAUUGUUGCUGAUGCAGAAGCCGGUUUCGGAGGAGCUUUGAACUGUUUCGAACUGAUGAAGGCUUAUAUAGAAGCUGGAGCUGCUGGGGUGCAUUAUGAAGAUCAAUUGGGUUCGGAAAAGAAAUGUGGACAUAUGGGAGGAAAAGUUUUGAUUCCAACGGCUCAGCAUAUACGUCAUUUGAAUGCUUCUCGUUUGGCUGCUGAUGUUUGUGGAGUACCCACGAUUAUUGUUGCCAGAACUGAUGCUGAAAGUAGUCGUCUCUUAACAAGCGAUGUUGACGAGAGAGAUCAUCCUUUCAUCGAUUAUAGCGCGGGCAGAACUGUUGAAGGAUUUUAUAGAUUAAAAGACAAAGACUCCAUCAAGUAUUGUAUUGCUCGCGGUAUUGAAUAUGCUCCUUAUUGUGAUCUUAUUUGGAUGGAAACUAGCCAUCCUACCAUUGCCGAUGCCAAAGACUUCGCUGAAGGAGUUCGAAGGGAAUAUCCUGACAAAAUGUUUGCUUACAACUGCUCUCCUUCCUUCAACUGGAAGAAGCAUUUGAGCCCAGCCCAAAUGGAGAAAUUCCAAAAGGAAUUGGGUGCUAUGGGAUUCAAAUAUCAAUUCAUUACUUUGGCUGGUUUCCAUGCAAACUCCUUCUCUAUGUUCGACCUGGCACGAAACUACAAAGAAAAGGGAAUGGCGGCUUACUCUGCUCUGCAAGAGAGUGAAUUUAAUGCAGAACAGUUCGGCUAUUCGGCAGUCAAGCAUCAAAGAGAAGUUGGUACAGGAUAUUUCGAUCACGUUUCUAAUGCGGUUACUGGAGGAAAGUCGAGCACAACCGCUCUAUCAGGUUCCACUGAAGAAGCUCAAUUCCAAACUACUGGAACAGCAACCGCUUCGAGUGAAGAUGAAGAAAUUGUCAUGUUAACCGCUCCACCACUCCAAGGAGACGAACAGAUUUUAUCCCCCGAUGCUCUCCGUUUCCUCUCUGGACUUCACAAAAACUUUGAAAAAAGACGUCAGAAUUUGCUUAAGAAACGUAGCGUUGUUCAGAAAGACAUCAAUGAAGGAAACUGGUUCCCUGAUUUCGAUCCCAACACUGUCGACAUCCGAAAUGACAAGAGCUGGAAAGGAGCAGAAAUUCCACAUAAUCUCAUGGAUCGCCGAGUUGAAAUCACUGGACCUACUGAGAGAAAAAUGAUAAUCAACGCUUUGAACUCUGGAGCUAGCGUUUUCAUGGCUGACUUCGAAGAUUCAAAUGCUCCAACAUGGAGAAACCAGCUUGAAGGACAAGUUAACCUUUAUGAUGCCGUUCGUAACCAAAUCAGCUUUACUCAUCCCUACACUAAGAAGGAAUAUCGCCUUGUAAAUGAUGCCGCAGUUCUCAAAGUCAGACCACGUGGUUGGCACCUUCCCGAAAAGCACGUUCUUGUAGAUAAUGAACCGAUCUCAGGAUCUUUAUUCGAUUUCGGAUUAUUCUUCUUCCAUAAUGCCAAAGAAUUAAUCAGUAAGAAUAGUGGACCAUACUUCUAUUUGCCAAAACUGCAAUCAGCAGAAGAGGCUAAGUUAUGGGCUGAUGUGUUUGCCUAUUCUGAAGACCAACUAGGUUUACGUAGAGGAACAAUCAAAUGUACUGUACUGAUUGAGCACUUACUCGCUAGUUUCCAAAUGAACGAAAUCAUUUAUGCUCUCAAGGAUCAUAUUGUUGGAUUGAACUGCGGAAGAUGGGAUUACAUCUUCUCAUACAUCAAGACUUUCCAAAAUCAUCGCAAAUUCUUGCUCCCUGAUCGUUUCCAAAUCGGAAUGACUGCUCCAUUCAUGAGAUCAUAUUCUUUGGAAGUCAUCAAAACUUGCCAUGAACGCGGUAUACAUGCAAUGGGUGGUAUGGCUGCGCAGAUUCCAAUAAAACACGAUCAAAUAGCAAAUGAAAAAGCCUUAUCUCUUGUUCGGCAAGAUAAGGAACGUGAAGCUUUAGAUGGACAUGAUGGAACUUGGGUAGCUCACCCAGGAUUGGUACCAAUCGCUAGAGAAGUUUUCAAUAAUUGCAUGCCAGAUAGAAACCAAAUUUCAAAACAAGUAUGGAAAGCGCUCAUUUUUAUGAAUAUAUCCUUGUUGUUUCCGGUUCCAAAUAUAAGUACUACUAAUCAUGACUUGACAUCUAUCCCAGAAGGUACAAGGACGGAGGCUGGAUUCCGGCGGAACAUCAGUGUUACAUUAGGAUAUAUGGAUUCUUGGCUUCGUGGAGUAGGAUGUGUUCCCCUGUAUAAUUUAAUGGAAGAUGCAGCUACAGCUGAAAUUUCAAGAGCUCAAUUAUGGCAAUGGUUGAAGCACGAUGCCAAACUUGAAGACGGUCGAACGAUCGAUGCUAAUAUGGUAAAACAAACAAUCGCUUCCGAGACUGAACGACGUCUGAUAAGAGCAGGAUCAGUAGUUACAAGAUUACCAGAAGCUGCUGAGCUUCUUGAGAAAUUCGUUACAGAGGAUACGAUGAGCGAUUUCUUAACUCUAUCAGCUUAUGAUAAGCUUGUAUCUGCAGGACAUUGA